AUGGGUAAUUUAAAUGCUCAACAAAAAUUUGAAAUAAAUACACUGAUUGACAAAUAUAAAUCGAGUUUUGCGAAGGAUAAAUACGACAUUGGAACAGUAAGAGACUAUGAAGCACAUAUCGACCUCCUAACGGACAAAUACUGUAGUAAAAGGCCCUAUAGAUGUUCAAUGGAGGACAAAAAAGAGAAAGAAGAACAGGUGGCAAAAUUACUUCAAAAAAAUCUUAUAGAAGAAUCAUACAGCCCGUUUGCAGCACCUGUAACUUUAGCUUUUAAGAAAGAAGAUAAUAAAAGAAACAGAUUAUGUAUUGAUUUCAGAGAUCUCAACAAAAUAGUAACACCACAAGCUCAACCAUUCCCGUUAAUUGAAGACUUGGUAAUAAAAACAAGAAACUGCAAGUACUUCUCAACAUUAGAUAUUAACUCUGCAUUUUGGUCCAUCCCACUGCGAAUUGAAGACAGAAAAAAAACAGCUUUUGUUACACAAGAAGGCCACUUUCAAUGGACGUGUCUACCCUUCGGCUUGAAAACCUCUCCCGCAAUAUUUCAAAGAAUCCUGAGCAACAUACUAAGAAAACAUCAAUUAACUGAUUUUACAGUCAAUUAUAUAGAUGAUAUCCUGGUGUUUUCAAAGUCUUAUAAUGAACAUAUAAACCAUUUAUCACAAUUACUGGAAGCAAUAAAACAAGAAGGAUUUCGACUAAAAUUUACAAAAUGUACGUUUGCGUCGAAUUCUGUAAUAUAUCUUGGACACAUAAUAGAAAAUAAUACAGUUCGACCAGUCAGAGAUAAUUUAAUUUCAAUAAGAGAAUUCCCUACGCCAAAAACUCUGAAAAAUGUCAGACAAUUUUUGGGGAAAAUUAAUUUCUACCAUGAAUACAUACCCAAGAGCACAAUUAUAUUAGAGCCCCUAUAUAAUUUACUGAGGAAAAAUCAAAAAUUCAUUUGGUCAACGGACUGUAAAAAUUCAUUUCAAGAAAUAAAAGAUUUACUUUGCUCACAACCCAUCUUGGAAAUUUAUGAUCAAAAUUUGCCAGUAAAUAUAUACACAGAUGCAUCAUUGGAAGGUAUUGGAGCAGUGCUAAAACAAAUUCAGCCAGACGGAAAAGAAAAGCCAGUAGCCUAUUUUUCAAGAAAAUUAAAUGAAUCCCAAAAGAAGAAGAAAGCAAUAUACUCAGAAUGUCUGGCUAUUAAAGAAGCAGUACGAUAUUGGCAAUAUUGGUUAAUAGGGAAACCAUUCACAGUAUAUUCAGAUCACAAACCGUUGGAGAACAUGAAUGUUAAAUCUAGACUAAAACUUAAACUAGUGUAUUAUUUAUCGCAGUAUGACUUUCAGAUAAAAUAUGCUCCAGGUAGAGAAAAUUUGGAAGCAGAUUGCUUAAGCAGAAACCCGGUACUGAAUGAAAAUGAAGAUAUUGAUGAACAAUUAAAAAUAGUAAAUUUGGUAAAAUUAGAAGAUAUCAACACAGAUCAAGAGAAAAAUAAAGAUAUACAUGAUAACAAGAAUAAUUUGACAUACAAAAACAACAUAUUUUAUAAAAAAGUAAAAAAACAUGAAAAAAUAAUACUGUCGGAAGAUUUCAGUAUAAAAUUUAUAAAAAAUAUUCAUGAAAAUAUGUGUCACAUAGGUGUAAGUCAGAUGCAAAAAGCAAUUGGUACAAGAUAUACAGCAAAAAAAUUAACAGCAAACAUAAAUAAUAUUUGUAAAACUUGCCAUAUAUGUAUAAAGAAUAAAACAAGAGGACAAGCUAAAUAUGGCCUAGUGUCACACUUAGGACCCGCCACAAAACCAUUUGAAAUUAUCUCCAUAGACACAAUUGGAGGCUUCGGAGGCUCGCGGUCGACGAAGAGAUAUCUACAUCUUCUAGUGGAUCACUUCACUCGUUACGCAUAUAUACUAACCUCGAAGAUACAGAAUGCAAAGGACUUCAUAAAACUGGUUAGUAAUAUAACGAACUUAAAUGAUAUCGAUAUUAUUCUCGCAGACCAGUACCCUGGAAUAAAUUCAAAUGAGCUUAAGACGUUUUUGAAUGACAAAUCAAUUGCGCUAGUUUCCACCGCAGUAAAUUCACCAUUUUCAAAUGGCUUAAAUGAGCGAUUAAAUCAAACGCUGGUCAAAAAAUAA